CAUGGAACCUAAUGAAAUGCUUGCUGCCCGCCGCUGCUCCUCAGACUCUGCCGCAGGGGAUGAGACCAGAGUCCCCCAGGGCAUCGAGCUCCUGCCCAGGAGAGCUGUCAGUCGCUCUCCAACCUGCGCCCGCUGCCGCAACCACGGCGUCACUGCUCACCUCAAGGGCCACAAGCGCCUCUGCCUCUUUCAGGCUUGCGAGUGUCACAAAUGCGUCCUCAUCUUGGAGCGCCGAAGGGUCAUGGCUGCCCAGGUGGCCUUGCGUAGGCAGCAGGAGGCACAGCUAAAGAGGCACCUGGCUCAGGAGCUGAUGAGAGGGGCGGCUUCUCCUAAAGCUCACAGCCACGUCAAGAAGGCAGCCACGCGACCAGGGCUCCCCCCCGGAAAGGAGAACAUAGCGCCCCAGCCUCAGACCCCCCGUGGGGCAGUCCCACUGGCAUUGACCCCCCCUGGGAAGAAUUCCCAGGGAACUCUGCUGCUUAGCCGUCCCCCAGAACCCUUGCCUUUGCCCUGGACUCCAAGUGCUUGGACCCCUGGACAUUGGCUGCCUCCAGGCCUUUCCAUGCCGGCCCCAGUAGUGUGCCGCUUGCUAUGCCAAAAACCUGUUGUCCCUCUGCAUCCCUUCCCUGGCUUUGACCCUGGCACCUCCCUCCGGCUGCCCAUUCAUGGACCCCUCCCAACCUGCCCAGGAUCUCACCCAAUACUGACUGCUCCUCUUCCUGGAGAAUCCCAGGGGCCCUCUGCCCUGCCCCACACAUGCUCAACUUUGAUACUUCAGCCCUGUGGUACUCCAGACCCUCUUCUGCUUCAGCCACAGGCCCCUAGAGUCUCUCGCCUGGCCUGGACCUCUGCCUCCGCAGAGCGGCAGCUGCAGCGGGAGGCAGCUGAGGCUCUUGUGGGGCUGAAAGAUUCAUCCCAGGCUCCCUGCCUGACCCCUUCUGUCCCCACUAACUCUGCCUGGAUCUCCCUGCUCCAUCCAGCUCCUGCUGGAGGAAGAGGAUUCCAGCCUGUUGGCCCUUCUCUCCGACCCAGUCCAGCCCCCUCCGUGGCUCUGCAUAUUGGGCAUCUGGGUUCCAUCUCCCUCCUAAGCUAGAAGCCCAGAAGUGGGGGCCUCACUGGAGCAGGUGCAACAGCCUGCAGACACUGCAUAUUUGGUAUUUUAUUGAGGGAUUUGUGCAGUGGGAG